CACAUCCUGACAAAGUCUUGACUUCCAAUGUCUAUGUUCGCAAACACACAGACGCAUGCGCAUGCCUACGAAGUCGCUCUUUUCGGUGAAUUUUUCGCUCGGGAUCUCAAGGCGAUUCUCAAUCGCCUGACACUGCACACGGAGUCCGCAGCGCCCAUGCACACCCGUGAAAUUUUAUUCGAACAGUUCGGAGUUCAGUCGCAAGUACAAGGAGAUGAGCCAGCGUUGCUAAGAGCAAAAAAAGAACUAGGAGAUGGGACAGAAAGUGGAUGGACACUUUUUUCAUACCUCAAGCCGGAAUCUGUACGCGUUCAUCCCGAGGCUACUGUCAGACCGUGGGCUACUUGCGAAGUGAUUGGAGAUGCCCUUAGUUUCGCUUCGGCACUGGGAUAUGUACAACGAUCACAAAUCUACAAACGUGGAUAUGCAUUCCGAAGAGGAGCUCUGAUAAUACAGAUGUUCCAGCAAGAGCAGGUCGACCCAAAGACUUCCCUCCCUAUACCAGCACAUACUGACACGCUUUGGGAAGUCGAGGUCAAAACUGCUACUCAAGUUAAUACAUCCGCACAAGCAUCUAGCGGGCAUGUGCAAGUGAGCACAGUCCGUGCAGCUAUUGAUGCUGUUCUCGAAGUUCAGCUGAUCAUGAAAGGACUGCUGGACCUCCGGCGACAGGAUUUGUAAAUUAUUACUCAAGCGCACGGUUGGUCAUGCUUUGUUGUCUGCUUACACUGAAUCAGAUAUGGUUGCCUGCUGAGGGCCGCCCUACUCUGUGCCACGUUCUUGUUCUCAAACCAUAUCACUACACUCGACUUCUUAUUGAGUACGAUGUAAAACCAUGAUGUGAACUGGACCUUGUAAUCCAGGGUGAUUUAUUGGCUGGCUUGAAUCAAACCAUUUGAGCCAACACGAUACUGCACAAAGUCAAAGCGAAUUGUAGGAGUAAA